CCACCUCUGUGCUGGUGAUGCUCGUGUCUCCUUUCUCUUCCAUCCGGUUUGUCCUCACCUCUCCUGGACGCGCUCCUCCUCUCACACUGCCAGCGGAUGACACACGAGGAGGAGAAGGAGGAGGAAGAGGAGAUGAGGAGUAGCUGCUGUCUCUCCUCUUCUAUCUUUCCAUCACUUUAAGACAAAAAAAAGGAAAAAAAAAAGAGAGAGAAGAGAGGGAACUAACCCUGACCAGGGCAACAACCUAAAGAAAGGACACACAGGAUUAUACAAACGUCCAUAAAAGAAUAUUUACCCUACUCUUCUCCAUUCUCCUUUUCAAGGAGGGCAUUUUUCUUCCCUUUCCCCCCCUUUCCUUUUCUACCCCGAUUUUUUCCUCUGAGAUCCCGGUUUUGUCAAUUAGAGCCUCUGAACUUCUCUGGGAUUUCAGGUGAGGCACGCGUGUGUGGUGUGUGGUGCUUCUUUGAAUUUUUUCAACUACCUAUCAUGGCUCACGCGGCCUCCCAAUUGAAGAAGAAUCGGGGGGAAGUGGAUGUGAAUGCAUUAGAGGACGAGAAGGAGAAGCGGAGGAAGAGCAGGAGAGCAGCGUCCCGGGAACAAAAGAGAAAGUCUGACAGUAAUGCCAGUUACCUGCGAGCAGCCCGGGCGGGAAACCUCGAAAAGGUCCUCGACUACCUCAAGACUGGGGUUGACAUCAACAUCUGCAACCAGAAUGGUCUAAACGCUCUCCAUUUAGCCUCCAAAGAGGGGCAUGUAGAGGUUGUUGCCGAGCUACUAAAGCUCGAAGCCGCGGUGGAUGCAGCCACAAAGAAAGGAAACACUGCUCUGCACAUAGCCUCACUGGCUGGCCAAACGGAAGUCGUCAAAGAGCUGGUCAAUAAUGGAGCCAAUGUCAACGCACAAUCUCAGAAUGGCUUCACCCCUCUGUACAUGGCAGCCCAGGAGAACCACCUUGAGGUGGUACGGUUCCUUCUGGAGAACAGCGCCAGCCAGAGUAUGGCCACUGAGGAUGGCUUCACCCCUCUGGCAGUGGCGCUCCAGCAGGGCCAUGACCAGGUGGUCUCCUUGCUUUUGGAGAACGAUACAAAGGGCAAGGUACGAUUACCUGCCCUGCACAUCGCUGCCCGCAAGGACGACACCAAGGCCGCGGCCCUGCUACUACAGAAUGACCACAACGCUGACGUGGAGUCUAAGAGUGGUUUCACUCCGCUCCACAUUGCCGCUCAUUAUGGAAACAUAAAUGUGGCAACGCUACUGCUGAACAGAGGGGCUGCCGUUGACUUCAUGGCUCGGAAUGACAUCACACCUCUUCAUGUGGCGUCAAAACGGGGAAACAGCAACAUGGUCAAGUUGUUGCUGGACAGAGGGUCCAAAAUCGAUGCAAAGACCAAGGAUGGGCUGACGCCUCUUCACUGUGGCGCAAGGAGCGGGCAUGAGCAGGUGGUAGAAAUCCUACUCGACCGAGGAGCUCCUUUCCUGUCCAAGACCAAGAACGGUCUGUCUCCGCUCCACAUGGCAACUCAGGGGGACCACCUGAACUGCGUCCAGCUCCUGCUCCAGCACGACGUGCCGGUGGACGACGUCACUAACGACUACCUGACGGCGCUGCACGUUGCUGCUCACUGUGGUCACUAUAAGGUGGCAAAGCUCAUCGUGGACAAGAAGGCCAACCCCAAUGCCAAGGCUCUGAAUGGUUUCACUCCGCUUCACAUUGCCUGCAAGAAGAACAGAGUGAAAGUGAUGGAGCUGCUGCUUAAACAUGGAGCGUCUAUCCAGGCCGUCACUGAGUCUGGCCUAACGCCGAUCCAUGUGGCAGCCUUCAUGGGCCAUGAGAACAUUGUUCAUGCACUUAUGCACCACGGAGCAUCACCCAACACAACAAAUGUGCGAGGUGAGACAGCUCUACAUAUGGCAGCGAGGGCAGGCCAGGCAGACGUAGUCCGAUACCUGCUCAAGAACGGAGCCAAGGUGGAAACCAAGUCCAAGGAUGACCAGACAGCGUUGCACAUCUCCAGUCGGCUGGGCAAAGUCGACAUCGUACAACAGCUGCUGCAGUGCGGCGCCUCUGCCAACGCUGCCACCACCUCAGGCUACACCCCCCUACACCUGGCUUCCCGGGAAGGACACCAGGAUGUUGCUGCCAUGCUGCUGGAGAAUGGAGCGUCGCUCUCCUCCUCCACUAAGAAAGGGUUCAGCCCCCUGCAUGUGGCAGCAAAGUACGGCAAGAUGGAGGUGGCCAGUCUCCUCCUACAGAAAAGGGCUUCGCCUGAUGCUGCUGGAAAGAGCGGGCUAACUCCACUGCAUGUAGCCGCUCACUACGAUAAUCAGAGGGUGGCUCUGCUGCUGCUGGAUCAGGGAGCUUCCCCACAUGCUGCCGCCAAGAAUGGCUACACACCACUCCACAUUGCUGCCAAAAAGAACCAAAUGGACAUUGGGACCACACUGCUGGAGUACGGCGCCGACACCAACGCAGUGACGCGGCAAGGCAUCAGCCCCAUUCACCUGGCAGCACAGGAGGGCAGCGUGGACCUGGUGUCACUUCUGCUGACUAAGAACGCUAACGUCAACGUGUGCAAUAAGAGUGGACUUACACCACUCCACUUAGCAGCUCAGGAAGACAAGAUCAAUGUUGCAGAAGUCCUUCUCAACCAUGGAGCGGAUGUUAACCCACAAACAAAGAUUGGUUACACACCGCUGCAUGUGGCCUGUCACUAUGGCAACGCAAAGAUGGCAAACUUCCUGCUGCAGAACCACGCCAGAAUAAAUGGCAAAACCAAGAACGGCUACACUCCUCUCCACCAGGCAGCUCAGCAGGGCCACACCCACAUCAUCAACCUGCUGCUUCAGCACGGGGCCUCAGCCAACGAGCUCACUGUGAACGGGAACACUGCCCUGUCCAUCGCCUGCCGUCUCGGGUACAUCUCUGUGGUGGACACUCUGAGGCCGCUGACGGAUGAAAACCUGACCUCCAUGACUACAUCUGAGAAACACAAAAUCAACGUCCCAGAGACCAUGAACGAGUUCCUCGACAUGUCAGACGAUGAAGUCCUGGCCAAUGUGCCGGAAACUCUCAAUGAGGAGUCUUUUUCUGAUGGUGAUGAAGGUGAGGAUGCAAUGACUGGGGACACGGACAAAUACCUGCGGCCUCAGGACCUCAAAGAGCUGGGGGACGACUCUCUCCCUCAGGAGGGGUACAUGGGUUUCAGUAUAGGAGCCCGUUCAGCCAGCCCUAGAAUCAGCCUCCGCUCCUUCAGUUCGGAUAGGUCCAACACACUCAACCGGAGCUCCUACGCACGGGACAGCAUGAUGAUCGAGGAGAUUCUGGCCCCAACGAAGGACACACACCUGGCUGUGACCAGAGACUACAGCUCUGAGUGUAUGCGGCGCUACAGCUGGACUCCAGACACCAUGGACCACAGCCACAACACAGUGUCCAGCCCCAUCCACUCCGGGUUCCUGGUCAGCUUCAUGGUGGAUGCCCGUGGCGGUUCUAUGAGAGGCAGCCGUCACAAUGGCAUGCGCAUCAUCAUCCCUCCCAGGAAGUGCACGGCGCCCACACGCAUCACCUGUCGCCUGGCCAAGAGGCACAAGCUGGCCUACCCCCCACCUAUGGUGGAGGGAGAAGGGCUGGUGAGCCGGCUGGUCGAGGUGGGACCAGCUGGGGCCCAGUUCCUCGGGCCUGUGAUUGUGGAGAUCCCCCAUUUUGGUUCCAUGCGGGGGAAAGAGAGGGAACUGAUAGUGUUAAGAAGCGAGAAUGGGGACACGUGGAAGGAGCACCAGUCUGAUACCAGACCGGAAGACCUCACUGAUCUGCUCGCUGGAAUGGAUGAAGAGAUGGACAGUCCUGCCGAGCUAGAGAAGAAGCGUAUUUGCCGCAUCGUCACCAGAGACUUCCCUCAGUAUUUUGCUGUGGUGUCACGGAUAAAGCAGGAGUCAAACCACGUGGGGCCUGAUGGGGGCCUCCUGUCCAGCAGCACUGUGUCCAUGGUCCAGGCCUCGUUCCCUCAGGGGGCGCUCACCAAGAGGAUCCGUGUUGGUCUGCAGGCCCAGCCUGUGCCCGAUGACCUAGCGAGGUUGGUCCUUGGGAACAGAGCCACCUUCAGCCCUAUUGUCACUGUCGAGCCCAGGAGGCGGAAGUUUCACAAGCCGAUCACCAUGACGAUCCCUGUCCCACCAAGAUCAGCGGAGGGUCAUAGAGGAGAUUCUGCACCCUGCCUGCGUCUUCUCUGCAGCAUUACAGGAGGGACGUCCCCUGCCCAGUGGGAGGACAUCACAGGGACCACACCGCUGUCCUUUGUAACCGACUGCGUAUCCUUCACCACAAAUGUUUCGGCCAGGUUCUGGCUCGCAGACUGUCACCAGAUUCCUGAGACGGUGAGUUUAGCGUCUCAGUUAUACCGGGAGCUGAUCUGCGUACCAUAUCUGGCCAAGUUUGUGGUUUUCGCAAAGAUGAACGACCCCAUUGAGGCACGGCUGCGCUGCUUCUGCAUGACGGACGAUAAGGUGGACAAAACCCUCGAGCAGCAGGAGAACUUUGAGGAAGUGGCCCGCAGCAAAGACAUCGAGGUUUUGGAGGGCAAGCCUAUCCACGUGGACUGCUAUGGCAAUCUGUCUCCUCUCACCAAAAGUGGGCAGCAGUUGGUUUUUAACUUCUACUCCUUCAAGGAAAACAGACUUCCGUUCAACGUGAAGAUCAGAGAUAUGGGCCAGGAGCCAUGUGGCCGCCUCUCCUUCCUGAAAGAGCCAAAAUCCAGCAAAGGCCUUCCACAGACUGCCAUAUGCAAUUUGAAUAUCACACUGCCAACCCACAAGAAGGAUAUGGAGUCUGAUCCUGAUGAUGAGACUGAAAAGCCAGAACGACGUCAUACCUUUGCCUCCUUAGCUUUGCGUAAGCGCUACAGCUAUUUGACCGACCCUGCAGCGAGUCCCCAAAGCCCUUGUGAGCGGACAGAUCUGCGUAUGGCCAUCGUUGCAGAUCACCUGGGACUUAGUUGGACAGAGCUGGCUCGGGAGAUGAACUUCACAGUGGAUGAGAUCAACCACAUCAGAUUAGAGAACCCCAACUCUCUGACAGCACAGAGCUUCAUGCUGCUUAAGAAAUGGGUCGGACGGGAAGGGAAAAAUGCCACAACGGAUGCCUUAUCUGCAGUGCUGACCAAAGUCAAUCGGAUGGAUAUUGUGACUUUACUGGAGGGCCCAAUAUUUGACUAUGGUAACAUUUCAGGCACGAGAUGUUUUGCCGAUGAUAACGCUGUUUUCCGGGAUCAGGCUGAUGAUUAUCAGAGCAUUCUAGCGGAGCUGCAGUCCCCCGCCGCACUGCACUCCGACUCCCACUUCCUGGAACCCGAACUUCCAGUCACCCCCAACCCUUCCCUUGAUCCCCACCAACACCACCACCAUUACCCAGAACCAGAAACCCCAUUGCUGGCUGACUCCCAGCAGGCCCUACCUUGGAGCCCAGAGAUAGAGCCCGGUAGCCAAGAGCACGACAGUCCCCCUAGGAGCCCCCCCAGACCUUGUGAGCUCGCCUUGUCCGCCCCAGUAUUUGUACUCCCGGAUCCUGUUCCUUCUAAGGUCCCAAAGCCUCACAUCGCUCUGAACGACCAGCUGCUUCUGAGUGAGGAGGAGGACAGGUCCUAUCAAGAAAUGGAAAUGAGCCACAGGCCCAGGUCGCGCUCCUUCCCUGCAAUGUUUGACUCAGACAUCGACAUGGCUUUCUCUACAUCCUCCCCUUCACUCUCAUCAAUAUCAUCCAUGACUCCUUUAUCGCCUGACAGAGCCAGAGUGGGAAACAGAGGCGUGCAGAUGGGCACCCUGAAUGGGGUAGAGGAGGUUACAGAUUUGAAAGGAGGUGAAAAGAAAGUGAUAGAAGAAAUAGAGAAGGUUGCUGAGAUGGUUGCAGCAGAGCUAGCAGAGGGAAAGGACUUAGUGGAGAAGUGGGUGGAAAAAGACUUAAUUAAAGACGUGGACAGAAAGUGUGACAUAGUGAUAAAAGACAGGUCCAACAUGGAAGAGGACAUUUUAUUGGAGCAGAAGGAGGACUAUGCAGAGGAAGAGAAGGGUGUGGAAAUUGAGCUGCUAGAUGAGAAUAAAGGGGAGGUCUGUGAGGUAAUGGAGGUAAAAGAUUUGAAGAAUAUGUCAGAAGAACAGCCUACUCUGGGAGAAACUGGAUACAAAGUGGAAAAAGAUGAUGAUAUAGAAGCAGAGUCUUGUGAAAAGGGUGCUGAUGAAACACCUACAAUUCAAGUUACUGAUGGCUGCAAUGAGGAAAAGGUCUACCAGAGAGACAGGCUGGGGGAUGCAGAUAGAGAGCUGCCAUUUGAAGGUGAAAAAGGGUUGUGUGGCAGUGAAAGAGAGAUUCUUGAGACAUUAGAAGGGGACAAGGCAGAAGGGGACGAAGCCAUAGGUCUACUUUCCCCUCAGGGCUGGGUUGAGGCACUUGAAGAACGCCAACCCAGGGAUUCUGGAUCCAGUGUGGAGGAGGAAGAGGGGGAGGUAGAGAAAGAUGAAGAAAUCACAGAAGAGCCAUUAGGAUCUGUGUUGGAGGAGGUGAAGAAAGAAGAAGGCUCAGAGGAGGAGGAGGAGGAGGACGGAGAGAUGAUCAAGGCCAGUUUUCAGCAGACUCUUGAUCAGGUUGAACAGGCAGAAAAAGAAGUGUGUUCACUUUCAGGUUGGCACAGUGAUUCAUCUAGCGUCAAUGUGGAACCACCAACGCCAGGCCGCAGUGUCAGCUCAGACUUGCUCGACAGGCGGGAAAGCCAAGAGAACUCCAGCGACUCCAUCACCUCCUCGUCCCGGGGCGAAUCAGGGAGGUCUCGACACAACGGCGACAACUCAAAGCACUCACCUCAGGGCGGCUCAUCAGAAUCAUCAAGCGGCAAAAAGGAAGAAGGAGCCCUGCUGUCCGAGAUAAAAGUCCAGCAGGGUGAGGGGUCGAGGAAUAGCAGGCGAAGGGACGACAGAAGAUCAGGGGACAAAAAGCUCCACUCAUAGGGACGGUUGUGCUCCACCAGAUGUGCAGGAACCAGGCUGAAUGGUUCCUGGUUUGGAGUGUAUAGAGGGCUGAACAGUUCCAGAGUGAGGACUUCAGGCACAGUCCAGUCUGCAACCAUCUGCGUCAAACAAACAGUUUUCACAGGAGGAAUCGACCCCUCUGACUAAACGCAUGAGCAUGAAAAACUCACCCUCCUGUCAAUCAAAGGAGCAGGGGGAGGGUUCUCACUCUCUGACCGUAGUGGACCUGUGGACAAUGAUUCUGCUUCCUAUUUUGUGUGAAACAAUAUGUGCCAUCGGUCCACCGGUGUUGUAUGAGCUUUUUUUGAGGAGCAUCGUUUGCUGUGAGAACGAAAACAAAAAAGACUCCAUUACCGACAACCACACAGGUGCAACUGUGACCAAAGAUGGCACAAGAGCUCAAUCCACACGGAGGGUGGAAGGAAAGAAGUAGACACAAUAACACUAAACAUAACGGAACACUUCUGAUACAACUUCAACACUCGCCUUAUAGUUUUUUCUUGAACCCAUUGUUGUCAAGAUGUAAAUUGUUUUGGGAUUUUUUUCUUCCUUUUUAAAACUUAAACUAACACGAAAGCUUUUUUCUGUAUAUAAAAUACAAUGUGUAAAAAUUCUUUAAAAAGGGGAUAAGUUACUGGUUGAGAACGCACUGAGGAGAGUUACCUUUUCAAGUGCUUUUGAAAUUUAUUGAAGCGGUUCCACUUUUAAAGAUUUGAGUGUAACUUCACAGGUUCUUGUAUAAUUACUUAUUAGAGCAGGUAUAAUGUUUGUACAUGAAAAAAAACACUGGUUUGAUUUUAACAGAGAGAAAUUUCCAGAAAAUCAAAUUUCAGUAAUGGAUUUAAUCCUACAAAAAGCAGCCUUUCAGAGUUCUCAUAUUUUCAUGCAUGCUGUUCACUUUAUUUUAAGUACAAUUUUUACAAGUUUGCAAACACUGUAAUCAAACAACAAAUACAACCCUUUAUCUGUGUGCACAUAUAGCCCUAACAUUUGUCACCAAUUUUAUAUUUUGAGUUGAAAAGGGGUACCAUUAAAACAUUCAUCAUUGUUGGGGGUGAGGAUGAAAAAAAGUCCUAUAGCUUCUUGAGGGUGUGAUGUCUUGUCUGUCUAUGUGAAACCAGAGGGCAGCUUCUGCUACGAGAACGAUUUAAUCUGAAUGUAAAUGCUAGUAGGCUGGCUCGCUGUAAAAUUAUAACUGUAUUGUGCGUAUUGGCUAUAAGGUGUAGGAGUCUCUGUACACUGUUAGACUGUUUGUAAUCAUUUUAGCAGUGUGUCAAUUUGGUUUUCUAACGGCUGCUGUGAUAUUUAAGGAAAACUGGGGCAUUUCAUUUUGGAUUUUUUGGUGAACUAUUUCCUUAAUUUAAAAACCUACUCACAUUAAGGACACAUAAAGACAUUAUUUGAUUGUAGCUCUAAAUAGCAUAUUGUAUGACAAAAACACUGGAUGGUCAAAAACAAUUAUUUAAGCAUUAAAUAAAUUGUGUUUAACUCUGAAACUGUGUGAUCUUUUUAGGCUUGAGAGUCUGUAUAUGCAGUGUCGAAUAGAAUUGUUUUCACUAGCUCAUUGGCAACAUUUUUUUACUUUACAUUACAUUAGGGAUUCUCUUUGUGUUGAUUUUCAUUAGAUGCCCAUGUAGUUCAAGUGUGGUGUUCUACUGGUGCGAUGACUCAGUAUGCUGAUGUCUAUGCUGUGGACAUGACAACUAUGUUUUUUGUUUAUUUUGUUUAUUUUUUUGAGGGGAUUGGGGUGGGUUAAAAGAAGUCAGGUAGGGUGCUGUACCACAUCCCCUUAUACUACUAUGUCAAUCAGGGGGUAGAGGAUCCUUUGAUAUGGUUGAACUAUCAAUUUUGUUUGAUAUGUGUUUUCACCUGAGCAGAUUUUUUGAUGUACAAUUCUUACUAACAGAGUGAAGCCAUUGAAAUGUAACUAUUCUAGCACUUUGGUUAUUCAAGGUCUUUUAGAGGCUAUAGCAGCAAUGAUGCCACCACAAAUGUUUCAGACGUCUUUAAAAAAAUCAACCUAAAAAUAAAAAAAAAUAAAAAUGCAUUGA